AUGUCUCAGCUGAUUCACACCGGCACAAACCAACUAGGUAAAUUGACCAUAUCUGAGGAUUUACUGAUCUGUCGAGCCUGUGGAACACAAUACGCAGAGAGCUCAGGCCUAACUUCCUGUGGUAUCUGCGACGACCCCAGACAAUUCGUGCCUCCAGGAGGACAGAAAUUCACCACUCUCGCCAACCUUCGCUCCGAGGGCCACCAUCUUCAAUUCGAGCAAGACGAAGUCGAUCCGAACAUAAUCUCAAUCAGAAUUCAACCAGCAGACAUAGGCAUCGGACAACGCGCACUCCUCAUCCGUACAUCCCACGGCAACAUCCUAUGGGAUCUCGUCUCCUACCUCGAAGAACAAGCAGUCGAGCACAUCAACAACAGUUUCGGUGGUCUCUCCGCCAUCAUAAUCUCCCAUCCACACUUCUACACGACCUGGGCGGACUGGAGCGCUACGUUUAACAACAUCCCCGUAUACGUCGCAGCACCUGACCAAUCCUGGCUUAAUCGCUGUGACAACGACAACAACAUCCACCUCCUCCACGAAAAACACAACACCAUCGUCCCAGGAAUCACCGCCAUAAUCGCAGGAGGCCACUUCCCAGGCUCCAUGGCCCUCCACACAACACCACCACACACGCGAGUCCCAAGCCUCUUCCACGCAGAUACAAUCCACACCAUUCCCAACGCACAUUCUCCCGACAUCGCAAGUCCCGUGAAACACGGCAAGGGACACACAAGCUAUACAUUCAUGUGGAGUAUUCCGAACAUGAUUCCUCUUUCUCCGGAUCAGAUAUUGGGAAUUUGGUGGGCGAUCAAGGGGUUUGAGAUUGAGGCGACGUAUGGAUUUCAGACUGUGAGAGCCAAAAAGCAGGACGGAGCGAGUAUUCCGGAGAGGAUAUUGGAGAGUGCGAAGGUGUGUGUUGGCAGGAUGGGACGGGAGGAGCAUGAGAUUUUCAAGGAGAGUGUUUGA